GAGGGGCCGGCCCUGGCUGGGGCCCACGCGGCGGCGGCUGGGGCCCACGCGGGCUGGCGGCCGGGGUGCCGCGAGAGCCGGCUCGCUCGUGAGCGGAGCCGGAGAGGCCUCCCCGGGACCCGGCUCCGCAGCAGGUCUGCCACCGGCGCCUUCUCCUGAGUCAGCCGCGUGAGGAGCAUGGAGUCUGAGGCUCGGAGUGAGAAGAUCAGCAUCAGCGCUGAGAGCCCCAGAGGCGGUGACGUGGGGGAGCUGGGCAUCGGGCUGCCCAGCUCUGCCAAGAGCCGCCCAGGCACCUGGAGGCAGAAAUGUGCCGCCUACGUUCUGGCCCUGCGGCCCUGGAGCUUCAGCGCCUCUCUGACCCCAGUAGCCCUGGGCAGUGCCCUAGCCUAUCGGUCCCAUGGAUCCCUAGACCCAGGGCUGCUAGUGGGCAGUGCAGUGGCUGUGCUGGCUGUGCAUGGAGCAGGUAACUUGGUUAAUACCUACUAUGACUUCUCCAAGGGCAUUGACCACAAGAAGAGUGAUGACCGGACAUUGGUGGACCAGAUCUUGGAGCCUCAGGAUGUGGUCCGGUUUGGGGUCUUCCUCUAUACCCUGGGCUGUAUCUGUGCUGCCUGCCUCUACUGUCUCUCCACUCUCAAGCUGGAGCACCUGGCCCUGAUCUACUUUGGGGGACUUUCCAGCUCCUUCCUUUAUACUGGAGGAAUUGGAUUUAAAUAUGUUGCACUUGGCGACUUGGUGAUCCUCAUCACGUUUGGGCCCCUGGCUGUCAUGUUUGCCCAUGCAGUGCAGGUUGGCUAUCUGUCUGUCUCACCCCUGCUCUAUGCUGUCCCACUAGCCCUCAGCACUGAGGCCAUCCUGCACAGCAACAACACCCGGGACAUGGAGUCUGACCGGCAGGCAGGCAUUGUCACCCUGGCUAUCCUCAUCGGCCCCACGUUUUCCUACAUGCUCUACAACACACUGCUCUUCCUGCCCUACCUGAUCUUCUGCGUCUUGGCCACACGUUACACCAUCAGCAUGGCGCUGCCACUACUCACCAUUCCUAUGGCCUUUUCGCUGGAGAGGCAGUUCCGGAGCCAGAGCUUCAGCAAAAUUCCCCAGCGGACAGCCAAGCUCAACCUCCUGCUGGGGCUCUUCUACGUUUUUGGUAUUAUACUGGCACCAGCAGGCACGCUGCCCAAACUGUAAUGGCGAGAGCUGCUGUAGCCCCAUGACUUGAGUGUUAGUGCCUGAGCUCAGGGUGCAAGUGGGAGGUUUGUUAUGGAUGGUGGCCAAAGCAAGAAGGCAGACUCGAGCCAGUGACCCCAUGUGAAUUUUAUGGGCUUUGGUCUUGUUGAGAUAAGCGGUUUCUCUUGUACUAGAGACUUCCGAUGGUGUCUUAGGAAGCUCUUCUCUGGGAAGAGGGUUGAAUUGACCAUGUGGCUCUGGUGUUCUCUCGGUGCUUAUUGCAAUUCAUCAUGUGAGCAGACAGACAUUUCAAGGACUUGAUGCUACUGCCAUUGAAUUCAAAGGGACUUUCGCUAUUAACUUCAAUAGGAGUAGGGUUGAACCUUAAAUUUGAACUCUCCCUUCCCCUGAUCUGUGAAUCAUCCCCACGCAACAUGAAGGGGAUUCAGCAGCUCCACUCCUAUGCUGUAGCAUGUGCAAGUUACCACUGAAUGCUUUAUUUUUGUCAGCAGCACAGUAAAACAGAUGCUGCUACUUCCCUCCUCUCAUGUUCAACUUCAUCUUCACCACUUCCAGACAUCCUGGCUAUAUGAAAUGGGGCAUGGGGUGUCCAUUAAGAACUGCUGACUUAUGGAAGACAGCAGCUUCUGAUGCUCCCACUGCUAGUUCCUCUCUACCUAGGCAUUUCUAAAGCACCCAUUGCUGUGGUAUAUAGGUGCUGAAAUGGAACACAGCUGGUCCAUUGCACUGAGCUUUAAGCCAAAAACAGUGAACUUCCACUCCUCCCUCUUUAAGUAGCUGGGGGCCAGAACUGCAAGUUGUACAGCUAAGAAGCUCACAAGACUUGGUAGGAUGAAAAGUUCUGUUCUUGUUAAAAUUUUCUCAUGCCCAGACCCGUCUGCUUGAGACGAAAGGCUCUUGGUGUUAAAAGAAGCUGUCAGGCAGGGUGACAAAGCUCUGUAGACAGCUGGAUAUUGACUAACAGACGCUGUGGUAGCCAAGUCUCUAAUAGCGAAGCAUUUUCUAAUUGUCAUCCUCCAUAUCUGUUGUCUACUUAAAGUCACUUGUCACCCUAUUGUAAGGAAAGCUGGUGGCAGCAAGGGAGAAAGAUGGGGGCAUUGCAAAAAGGAGUCUGAAUUUCUGCCAUGACUUUGCACAGACAUCAGGAUAGUGAAUUCUUCUUCUCGCUGAUAGGUUCCUAUUCCCAUUUCCAGUGGGGACCAAGGUUUUGAUGACUCCUGUGAUGCAGUGGUCAGUUUUGAUGUUCUAGAUCACUCCUCAGGAUGAUAUCCUCAUUGGUACUGGAUAUUCUUCCUGCAUAUCCUUCCACUCCAAUCCCUGCUCUCCUGUAAGGAUACUAAUAUAGCCUUCUGGAUGAGUGCUGUUCCUCACAACAGAUAGUGGUGUGAAACACGCAGAGCCAAACACAGCUAUGGGGAUACUCCAUUGACUCCAUUAGGGCACAACAGGGUGAAUUUGGCUCUCUCAUAUUUUCCCAUGGUCACUGAGCCCUGUUCUUCAUUGGGAAAUAUUUUUGUUCCCUGCGUGAAAUGGCAAGUGUUGAUGUAAAAGCUCUUUGCAGGACUCCCUUGAAAUGUCCAGAUUGAAUUGAUCUGGACCUUGUUCUAGAACUCCAACUGCCAGGAGCACAGUGUUCCUGAGCCAGAGGGGAGGAUAUUAACCAGGGCACAACGAGCCUUUUAGUUACAAUCAGUAAAGUCCAGCAGGGUGUGCAGUGCUGCAUAUCCACCUUGGGCGUGUUGUGGCAAUGAGAGGUUAUUCACCUGAGACUGGUGGCUGCUGUUCAGUGCUGCAUGUAAUGGAGGGAUUAUGACAACUAUAAAAUGGAACUGGCACAGAGAUGUUAUUUAGGUGGCAUCAAAGUGUUCAAAUGGCUUCUGGUGACUUAGCUGCCCGUUGUGAUUGCUUCACAGCUGUACUCGGUUACUCAGAAGCAAUCUCAGCAGGCAGGUGACAGCUUUCACCAGGCUCAGGUUCAGUUAUUAAAAUAAGGCGAUGCCUGGAUUAGACUGUCUUUCCAGGCUGCCCAGGGAAAACUACAAGGCAAGACUGAUUUAAGCAGCCAGUCUGCUGCUUUGUACAGUAGAGAACUUGGCUUUGGAUAGAAACCCAGUCAGAACGGGUUGAUCUCUGCUGGAGGGAGAGCAGCAUCUAGCAAUACUUGGCAAUGAUUUUCUGAGUGAAUGUACACUUCUUGUUUUCGGUUGCUGGCUUAGAGCUCCAGCGGGCUGGUGAUGAGCAUUUGUCAAAGAACCAACUCUGUCUUCUGCCAAGCACAUGCUGUCUCAGAGACUGAGGAGUGGAAGUGAUGGCGAAAUCAACCCCAGUGGUGGAGAGAACUAUUUCCUAACAGAGCCCAUUCUGCAAGAUGGAGUGGGUUGAUCCAAUUAAUCCCAGGGUUGUAUUGUUUGUUGGUCUCUCAGCAGAUACAUCCUGUGCCCUAUUCUUGUUUGUUAUGAUAAUAUGUCUAGCUCUUGCAUAGCUAUAGUUUAAUGGGGGUUGAUGUGGCAAUUUUUUAUGCAUGUAUCCUAAGCUAUGUUGCUUCUGACAGACAGAAUGUGAAUAAGAAAUUCGAGAGCUGUAGCUCUUAUGGUGAAGGAGGGUGAAGAGUCUAGGAAAUGGCCCUCAGUGGAACAGCAACACAUAACACUAUGGUUCAUCUCUUCCUUACAAAAAGGGAAAAGACUCCUGGUUAGAAAGUCUGCCUGCUAGUGGGAAAGACCAGUGCUAUUGCUACAGAGCUGGAGUGAGAGGUGACUCGUUUCAUGCGUUCAUAGCACAAUUUCCUUGGGCGCUCGAAGUGAUUUACAGAUGCAGGGAUUAGAAGAAAACGUGUCCAGACUGCUUCCAUUCGUAACCAGAAGCAUACACAGCAGACUUUGGAAGUCUUGGGGGUGUGGGGUGCUCUGUGGAUGGUAAGGGAGCUGGAAACGCCUGGAUUAUAAUCAUAACCAUCUCCUUUGUUUUCCCCCAGUGGCCUUGGGCAAGCCACUUAAUUUCUCUGUGCCUUGGUUUUUCCACCUGUAAAAUGGUGCUUACUGUUGCCUACCUCACCGGGUGUUGUGGGGUUAAUGUCAUUUGAUAAAGAGCUUUGAAAGUAAGAAGUGCUGCGCUGGGUAUUUUCUCAGGCAUUCUGCUUCUCAGGCCUUACUUAUAUGGGAAGAUCUUUUUGGUAUAAUACAAGUUGUGAAUUUAAACCAGUAAAGUUAUACCAGUAUUGCACCAUGUGUAUGAUCUUUUUCUGGUAUGAGAGGCCCCUUCUUGGUUUAAUUUAUGUUGCUUGGGACAGGAUCUAAGCUAAACAAAAGCCAUGCUUGUGUGUCCAGAUGGGGAUUUAUACUAGCGUCACUGGUAAAACUUUCCAUAUAGACAAACCCUAAGGCAACCUGUCUUGUGUUACAGGGUCUGCGCUGAGGAUAUUGGGUGUCCAGCACCUCUUCUGAUCAUAGGCCUUUUCAGUUUUGAUCAGGCCACUUGCAAUAAGCUGUAUUGCUGCAUGCUGAGUCUCUGCUGGGAGCUGAGCAGACCUGUAGCACAUCUGGCCAUAUUAUAUAUUAAAUGGCCUCCUGACCUCUCCUCUCGCCCAGGUAGUGGUUCAGUGAAGUGUCUAUAAACGUUCCAUUUUUAACAAGCCAUGGUUAAUCAUUUUAAAUGGCUCCGUGUUGUUUCUGGGCUUGGAUCAGAGUGGUCUUCUGGGAGAACAUGUUUCCUAUGGACACUCCUCUGCACAGCUUUGGAGUGGAAGCACUGGAAAGCACACACCCUAGGUAUGCAUGCAGUAGGCUCCUUUGACCGUAAGAGCCCUCUUGUGAACCAGGCAGCCCUGUCCUUGUAUGUCGAGGGAUAAUCCGUUCAAUUGAAAGGGCAAACGUAUGUUUUAGGGCAGACGUUAAUAGGUUUUGGUGAUCUAAUCUAUCAACAGAGUCUUCUUUGGAAUACACCUUUCUAUGCAGGGCACUGUUGAGCCUGAGCAUUUGUAAUUCUGAGACAUACUUCAAUUGAACUUUGUCUUUUUAAUAAAGAUAAACUUGCUUAUCAAUA